CCUUGCCCCCCCCCAGCAGCCCCAGAUGGAGACCUCCGGGGUACCCGCGGGAUCCCCCCAGGCCUGCCGCGAAGCCCGGAGAUCCAGGAAGACCCUCGGCUUCCUCGCCUUCGCCCCGAAGCCCCUUUUCCCGGACAACAACGACGGCGCCGCCGCGAUGUCCCCGGUCACCACCUUGGCGCUCAAUAUGGACAAGCUGACCGGCCUGGGCAGUGAUUGUGAGACACCCAAGAGAAGGAAGCGUCUGGGCCUGGACUUCAAGAAAGAGUGGUCUUCGCAGGAUUCCGUCUCCUCCGAGUCCUCGCAGGAAUCGGGAGAUUCAGGCAUGGGCCCGGAUUCCCCAAUGGAGCCAGACCUGGAGAUCUUGGAAGAUGUGUUCGAGAGGAACGUGUUCGGAUCUCAGAGAGCCUUCAGAAACAGCGAUUAUGUUCCCAUCAGAAGAAUCCAAUCUUUGCCGGAGCGGUUUCUGGGUUCGAGUCCCACGCUGACGAACAUUUCCAACUGCAAGAAAUUCAACAGCUCAGCGGCGGCCGAGACAGGCUCUGGCCUCCAAGGCAACGGGGGAAAUGAAGGCGACGUCUUCAAGAAGCCCCUGCGACCUGCAGGCAGGUUGUGUCUCUCGGUUGGUGGGGCUGGCAAGAAGGGUCUCUUCGCACAGAGGCCAAACUCUGCUCCAGACCUCAUGUAUUCCAGCCCAGAGAAAGAGAACAGGAGCCCUGGGUCUGAGAGCCAUUUCUACCUCCGCCGCUCGUCCUUGACCUCCUCCAUGGUUGACGAAGAUAAUGAUGAUGAUGAUGGGUUUUUGGAAAUCCUGGAUGAAGAAGACCCAAAGGGCGAUGGAGAUUUCCCGUUGGGUAUGGAGAACUUGCUAAUGGCCCCUCUGGUGAGGAAGGAAGAUGAGUCCAGCCUGCAGAGCCCCCUGGGAACCGGCAAAUGCCGCCGUCUUUUCCGCUCCCCGUCCAUGCCCAGCGCUGUCAUCAGGCCCAUCCUUAAGCGGCUGGACCGGCCCCAGGACAAAGAGACGCCGGUGAAGAACAGAGGCGGAAGAGUCUGGCUGGCGGCGCCCAUCGAAGAGAAGGAAGAAGAGCCGAAACCUCGCUGGUUCGCUCUCGCUCCUCUGCCCAGCGAGAUCGCAAACAUCUUGGACAACGACCACCGGCAGCUGAUCGGGGACUUCUCGAAGGCGUACGUUUUACAAACUGUGGAAGGCAAGCACCAGGACCUCAAGUACAUCUCUCCAGAAAUGAUGGCGGCCGUGCUGACGGGUCAGUUCAGCAACCUCAUCGAGAACUGUGUGAUCGUGGACUGCAGAUACCCCUAUGAAUACGAAGGAGGCCACAUCAAGGGCGCUGUUAACCUUCCUCUGGAAAAGGAUGUGGGAUUCCUUCUCAAGAAGCCCAUUGUGCCGUUUGACCCGGCAAAGAGGGUGAUCGUUGUGUUCCACUGCGAGUUCUCCUCCGAGAGAGGACCCAGGACGUGCCGUUUUGUCAGGGAAAAAGACCGGGCCAGCAACGAGUACCCUUCCCUGCACUAUCCUGAGCUGUACGUCUUGAAAGGAGGCUAUAAAGAAUUCUUCCCGCAAUAUCAAAUGCACUGUGAACCCCAGAACUACCGUCCGAUGCACCACAAAGACUUCAAAGAGGACCUUCGCUCUUUUCGCCUGAAGAGCCGCACUUGGGCUGGGGAAAAAAGCAAGCGAGAGCUGUAUAGCCGCCUCAAGAACUUCUAAGGCGGGGAGGGAGUGGUUGGGA